GUUACUGUCACUGUUAGUUACUGUCACUGUUAGAACCUAUUUCUGUACUGUACUGUAAUACUCUGUUACUGUUACUAUAAAUUCACUGUCACUGUCACUGUCACUGUACUACUAUAGAAUUACCAUGCUUCCAGGCUUAUCCAUAUUAAAGAGACAAGUGUUUGCCAGACCCGUAUGGGGAAUGUCCAUGGCUACACUCUUCAAACCAGUAUCUAUCAUGUCCAUGCCAGGUAUGUUAACUCAAGCUAGAGGUUUCAAAGUUAGAACUUCUGUGAAAAAGUUUUGUAAAGAUUGUUAUAUGGUCAGAAGAAAGGGAAGAGUAUAUGUGUACUGUAAAUCUAACGGUAAGCAUAAGCAAAGACAAGGUUGAAUAUGCUAUGAAUGUCUUGUCCCAUACUGUAUAAUAUAUAUUCGUUUCAUGUAAAUAUUCAAUAGAUAUCUUUAAUUACGAGUUUUGUUCAAUGACGUUUGCUGAACUAUGUCUAUAUACGUCUGCUAUGUAGCUAUGUGCGUGUAGUGGUUUGUGCUUGGGCUUGUGCUUGUGCCUGUGCCUGUGCUUGUGCCUGUGCCUGUGCUUGUGCUUGGGCUUGUGCUUGUGCCUGUGCUUGUGC